AUGACGAAUCCAUCACGACCAAGUACAUCAUGUCAAAUUCAAAGACCAUCAUUAACGGAUGAUAAUGAUCAUCUCAACAAUAAUAACGGGAAACAAUUUUUAUCAAGAAGUCUCACCUUUGAUACAGAACAAAAGCAGCAAAAACAACAACAACAACAACGAGUAACAAGACCAAGUCGACCAUCACCAACUAUUAGUGAGCAAUUGCCACAACGUUUAGGUCGUAGUUUACUUAGCAAUGAUAAUUGGCGACAAGAAACAAUGGUCGACAUUCGAAUUAAUGCGAAAGCGAUUGAGCAGAGUGAUCAAAAUAUUCUCUUCGGUCGAGGAAUUGAUCCUUUACCGCAUGUUCGUGAAAUGCUGACUGAACUGAGUAAUACUGAAGCUUUGCUCUAUGCACGACAAUGUCGUGUUGUUGUAGCUAAAUUACGUUUGUGUUGGGGUGAUAUUAAUGAAGAAAUUAAAUCAUUAUUAAAACAUAAAGAAUAUACAGAAGCAGCCAUUGAUCAUAUACGUAAAGAUUUAAUUAUCAAUAAUGAAAGUGUUAAAAUUAGAAAAAAACCAAAACGAGAAGCGGAGCUUGAUGGUGUUGAUGAUAUACUCGCUGCAGAAAAAUAUCAUUUAACAACUAUAAAAAAUAUUUUAGAACUUAACUGUAAAAAUAUUGUUGAUCAAAUGCAGAAACUUGAUGAAGUUCGUAAGCGUGUUACUAAAGUUGGUAAAGAACGUUCAGUAGUUACAGAACUUAUAUGUCAGUGUUUGACACAUGCAUCGAGAACAUUUGAAUUGACUCGUUUUCAAAAACUAGAUAAUGCACAAACACGUCGAGCAUCAAUAGCAAAUCCACCAGCACGACCAACAUCAGCACUUGGUUUUCGUCCACCACGUUCAACACGAACUAAUCCAUUAUCAACAACAAUGACUUCAUCUAACUCAAAUUUAAAUAAUACAAAUGUCACAGCUGAAUCAACCUUGUUAGAUGAGAAUGGUUUACCGCUUGUUGGUCAUUUACUUCCUUUUACGCCUGAUGUUAUACAAGUAUUUCAAGAAGCAGCAAAAUUAAUUGAAGAAUCGGGUGAAAUAAAAAAACAAGCUAUGAAUCAAAUAAAAGAUGCAUUCAAUGAUGCUAAAGCUUAUUCGUUGACUGUUAAUCAAAGUGUUGCUCAGAAACUUGCUGAUAUUAUUACAUUAGCACAACAUUUGACAAUAUCACUCGGUGAAAAUUCUAUUGCACAACAUCGAGCACAACGUUGGUUUGAUUUAACAAUGAGUGCUCAACGAUGCAAUGCCGGUCCACUCAGUUCAUCUAGUUUUAAAAUAUUUGAACGUCUUGAUCGGCCUAUAAUUCGAACAUUUCAAAAACAUCCAGGCAAUCAAGUACCAGAAGCUCAAAUAACAGCAAAAGUAACAACUGAUCUUCAACAGUCGGCUGAAGAAACAAGAAAACAAUUAAAAGCAUUAAAAAUUGUUGGUCAACGAUUACAAGCUAAUUUAAUUGAUAAAGAAGUAGCAUUAGAGGUUGAUGCACAUCUUCUUCGUCGACGACGAGAACGUUCUAAUCAUAAAUGGGGUGUCACUAAAUAUGUACACGUUUGA